AGAUCAGAUUUUUUUCCGGCGUGUGCUGCUUACAGUUGAUGCGCUAGAGAAUUUAGCAGCAAGGGAGGCAGGUGUACGGUUACAGUAGGCCUCGAGAGUGCGUGAGCGUGGCGGGUGUUCGUUUGAGGGGGCGGGCGGGUGGAACCGAGCGAAUGGUUCGACGGAGAGCAGGAAACAGAUGCCCCUUUGACACAAGCCCCAAGACUACGAGGCGUAGAACGGCCUACUGUCCCCAGGGGUCUUGAGCUGGAGAUGCUGACUUGCUGCUCCAUGCAGGCCAUAUUGCUUUAUACCGUAUCUCCCCUCCAACAUUACUGUAUUACUGUUAUAUACUGGAAACUCACAUCGAAAUGUUUGUGCCUCCUGAGGUAUUGUGUGCAAGCUGUCAUCCUAACACAUUUCGGGUAAAUCAAGUCCCUAAAAGUGAAGAUUUAGAGUCUCCAGCCUCCACCAGGGUCAUUGUCUGCUUGUCUGUACAUAAAGAAUCCUGAAUAGUUAGGUUAGGCUACUAUUGUCUUUAAGUUUCAUACCAACACAUUUUUAUUGAAAACGUGAAAGUCGAAUGCCAUCUUCCCAUGUAUUGUUGUAGUAGCAUGAUGGAAAUGUAUAUUCUGGUCAGUCUUUCCAUGACAAACCAUGGAAUUUAUACGUGUGUGUCAGUUUUGUAUGUAUUGCACAACACAUACAAGUUAUGGCUACAUUCCUACAACUGAUACAAAUCUAAUAGUUUAAUCUAUAUUAACAAUAACUAAUAAUUCCGCCCAUAGAUCAUGACGCAAUAUGUGUGUAUGACACCCCCCUGAGAGGGAGAUGAUGCAUUUCCCUGACGCAAAUGGCAUAUUUUGGCCGUGUGUAACUGCUACUCUUCACGUACAGCAGUUGCAGUUUCUGACAGGCUUUCAGGAGGAGAGUGAGUAUAGAAAAGAAUAUAUGGCAAUAAGACCUUGACAUCACAUGAAGGAAUCUGAAAACAUGGGCAGCUAAUGCAAAUUGUAAAAAAAAAAAAUUGAAGAGAAAAGAAAAAAGAAAAGUGACUGUCACUAUAGUGUUUAUAUCCAUGUGGAAUAAAAUGCGAACAACUGUUUUAGACAACAUUUUAGACAACACAGGUGGUGAACUGUGUGUAUCAUUUUUUUUCUGAACACACAAAACACGUUGGUAAGGAGUGGGGGUGGGCGGUGUGAGUGACAAACAGACAGACAGACAGACAGACAUAGAGACAGAAAUACAGUUCACAGAGAAAGACAGGCAGAAAGACAGCAAAGACACAAACACAGCUUUGUUUUGAAAGCCAUAUCUGACGUUUGCGGCAAUGUGUGAACUUCCAGAAGGGAAUGGUUAAGGCCAUACCAAUUUACACAGCUACACAUAUUAUUCUUGUUUUUUCUUCUUAUUCCGUCACAUAUCAUUCUCAUGAAAAGCCCUGCUGACCAUAUUCCUGUAGCGUAGGUUUAGAAAAUCCACCUACAACAUGAACACAUUUUACAUAAAAUUUCCUGGUAUUUGGGUCCAGGUUUUGACCGUUAUGACACAUUCUCAUGUAUGGCCCUGCCGGUGUUGGUGUUGGUGGUCAUGUGGUGUGAUCUCAGAGGAGACGAGGAGAGGCUGUGAGGCCAUCAUGGGAGGUUUUGCAACAGCAGUCACCCGUGUCAAAUUUCCUGUCCCUUGUCACAGCACAAAGCGAAUUCUCUCAACAUUUCUCUCACACACAGUUUGUGCAUUGGUCCCCAAAUUGACUUUUCAAUAACUUUGUUCUUAAUGGCUUAAUUGUUCUAAAAGUUUAGUUUGUAGACUGAUAUAGGAAAUAGAAACAACCUAUUAAAAGUAGUGUACAAUCCUAUGACACAUGCACUUAUGCAUCUCAGGUUGCUAUCUCUAAUUCCACUUGUUAUCAAAACGUAUAGUGAGGGUGUGCAUGCCAAUCCAACAAGUCACCAGGUGCUGGAUGAAAAAAAACAUAAAUUAAUCAAACAAAGACAGUUCAUCUCUGCACACUGCGCCCCACACUUUUGCUUCGUUUCAAUCUACAGUUAUUAUCGCCAUCGCUUUAUGGUAACAUUACAGAGAAGCUCUUGGCAAUAAUUGAUAUGAAAUACAUACACUACUGUACUGUAUUGUUGCUCAGUGAAAAAAACUUGCGUAUGCAUUUAAGUACCCCUUAAUUUCAACAAACUAAAUGGUGUGAAGAUACCAGACUGGUCAUACGGCUAAUGAGGUCCUAUACACACAGUGGCAUCAUUAACACGCUGAACAGGAAAUCCACACGUUUUGCCACAUUUCAAAAGCAUCACAGGAAACAAGAACAUAUUUAUCUCUGGGUUUCUAAGUCAUCAUAGCCACCACAACCCGCUGUAGCAGGGACAUAGGAAAAUGCGCAGAACCAGAGCAAGGGCGAGGUGACUCUGCACAGUAUGGCUCUGGAGGCUGAACGUGAAGCGCUGGAGGCUUGCAGACUGGAUAGUGGCCUGUUUGGGUUACAGGACUGGGCUGUGUCCAUCACAGAACGUUUGGACCAUGUCUGGGACUACAACCCGCACCAUGGCGUCCAUGGCGAAUUUGAGAACAUCCCAGACACCCACUUCACAGAGCUUCAGAGCGUCCAACCCGUGCACAUCCCCACUCUGCACCCGCGCUUCGAACCCGAGCCCAGUCAUUCACUGGACCCCAGCCUGGUCGGACACCCACACCACCUGGCCCUCUCGCCACAGAUGCCCUACUUCCGCACGUCGCUGUGCUACGCCCAGCCGUCUCCAGUCCAACGCAGCUCUGACGACGAUGACCCAGGAGACCGCAGCCCGCCGCUGGAGGUGUCUGACGAAGAGGGCCUAAGGGAACACAUCAGCUCCACCACUGGAGGAGAGCCAGGCAACAAGAAGAAAAUCCGGCUCUACCAGUUCCUGCUGGACCUGCUGCGUAACGGGGAGAUGAAGGAGAGCAUCUGGUGGGUGGACCGGGACAAGGGCUCCUUCCAGUUCUCCUCCAAGCACAAGGAGGCGCUAGCGCACCGCUGGGGCGUGCAGAAGGGCAACCGCAAGAAGAUGACCUACCAGAAGAUGGCCCGCGCGCUGCGCAACUACGGCAAGACCGGCGAGGUCAAGAAGAUCAAGAAGAAGCUGACGUACCAGUUCAGCGGUGAGGUGCUCGGCAAAGGGCACAUGGAGCGCCCCAAGCUGUACGGGAUGUAAGGGAAGAUGGCCAAAAGGAGCAAACCUUUGGAUGAAGCUAGAAGACACCAUUGACAAAGACACUGUCGAGAGACCGAAAGAGUCUAUGAGAGGGGGACUGUUCAGUUACAAGUAUACCCUACUGAACCACAAUCAUGCAAAUGCAGAAAAUUGGAUGGGCAUCUGAAAUUACCCUGAUGUCACCCUUGCAAGCUUCCCUUGCUUUUGCAAUAGAUUAUAUUUUGCUUCAGGGAAAUUUCAGUCUGACGUUGCAAUUUCAACUGUUCGGCUGACAUUGUAGAAGAGUCAUCAUGACAUACUGCCUACUGCCUGAGUAUGGACACACUUAGCUAUUAUACAGUGAGAUGUGACUGCAACCAUCUUCCAAACAGACUUUUCUCUGUGGUGUCAGAGAUCCUUGAAAUGGACGUUGCAAAAAUACUGUAUGUUUUUCUUAAUAUAAUUUCUUUUUUAUGUUUUUUUCUGGUCUAAAAUACUCCCCAAUAUAGGAGUUAGGAAUGAGUUUCAAACUAAAGCUUCAUAUGAACUACUUUAUGCUUUACAUCAUCUUCAAAACGAGCAUUGUGUUUCAUGUGAUGUCAAAUACUGUAUAUGCUACAUAAAACCUAUGUUUAGGUCUGUAAAUGUUUAAGCUCAAUACGUGGACCAUGUUUGCUAAAGGCAAGUUAUAUUCUUCCUUAGACCACAUCAGCAGCAACCUCAUCACGAAACACGAUCUGGUCUCCAGCAGAGUGACAAGCACAUGGGUGGUGCCACAUGCGAUCGCUCAACAGACAUUCAAAUUACAUCAUACUAAUUCAUGCAGAAAAGCUGAAACCGUGAUGGUUCUUUUUCUCCUCUCAAAUUGCUAGUAGUAGGGAAUG